AUGUCUACACCGGCCAAACGCAGACUUAUGCGUGAUUUCAAGCGCAUGCAGCAAGAUCCUCCUAGUGGAGUGCUGGCGCUGCCCUUGCCAGACAAUGUCAUGAAAUGGAAUGCCGUUAUAAUUGGACCACUGGAGACACCUUUUGAAGAUGGAACAUUCAGGCUCCUUUUACAGUUUGACGAACAGUACCCGAAUAAACCACCACUGGUUAAAUUCAUCAGUGAGAUCUUUCACCCAAACGUAUAUGCAUCGGGAGAGUUGUGUUUGGAUAUCUUGCAAAAUCGAUGGAGUCCCACCUAUGACGUGCUGAGUAUAUUGACAAGUAUACAAAGUUUACUAAACGACCCCAAUAUCCAGUCCCCAGCUAAUGUUGAGGCAGCAAACUUGUAUAGAGAUCAUAGAAGUCAGUAUGUCAAGAGAGUGAGAGAAACCGUGGAGACGAGUUGGAAUGAUGAGAGUUCAGACGAGGAAGAUAGCGAAGAGGAGGACGAGGAGGAAUAA